AUGUCUGCUUAUGCUUAUGGUUUCCUCUUCCUUCUCACUUUCCUUACAAGCCUGAGACUAUCUGUACAGCAACAACGCAGACCGACUUACGUCAGUUAUGUUUGUCCGCCGAGGAUAACUUUCCUCAAAAACAGUACAUACUCUUCCAACCUCAAAACCCUUCUGUUCUCUUUAUCUUCCAACUACAAUCAUUUUUACUCUUUUGGCUUCCAAAGCCUCACAGAGGGAAGAAAACCUGACAUGGUAUUUGGUCUUUUCCUCUGCCGCGGAGACAUAACGCCAGAAAUCUGCCGUGACUGCGUCAGCUUCGCCAUCAACGACACUCUCAAUCGGUGUCCAAACGGAAAGAAGGCCUUGGUUUAUUACGACGAAUGCAUGCUUGGAUACGCUGACCGAGAUAUUCUCUUGAAUCCUAUAACCAAAACUGGACAGUUGAUGGUCAACCAAACAAGUGUUGCCGCAAACCAAUCUGAUCGGUUCAGUAAGGUGGUCCUUUCUUUGUUGAACGAAGCUGCAAUGGAGGCUGCUUCUAGCCCAAGUAAGUUUGCGGUUAAGAAGGAGAACUACACAUCAUCCCAAACGGUUUAUGUAUUGGUUCAGUGCAUGCCUGAUAUGCCAACAUUAAACUGCUCAAGCUGUCUACAACAAAUCAUCAAGAAAUUGCCUCGUGACAAAAUUGGAGCAAGAAUUCUUUGGACGACUUGUACCUUAAGGUACGACCAUUACCCUUUCUACAAUGAAACCGUAAGGUACCCUCCAUUGCCGCAGCCUGCUCCUCUGUUGCCGGUGAUGACUCCUCCGCAGGCUUCAGCUCUUCCGUUGCCGCCUGGAAAAGGAGGAAAUUCCAUAGUGAUAAUCAUAGCAACUGUUGUGCCGAUAGCUGUCUAUGUUCUUCUGUUUGCAGUUAUUUCUAGCUUCCAUGUCACAACGAGACGGAAGAAGACUUAUGAGACAGCAACUGCGGAUAAUGAUGGGGAGGAUAUUACAACUGCUGGCUCUUUGCAGUUUGAUUUUAAAGCUGUUGAAGCUGCAACGGAUAAGUUUUCGGAAAGUAACAAACUUGGUCAAGGUGGAUUCGGAGAAGUUUACAAGGGAACAUUUCCUAAUGGAUUACAGGUUGCGGUUAAGAGACUAUCGAAAACAUCAGUACAAGGUGAAAAAGAAUUCAAGAAUGAGGUUAUUGUUGUGGCAAAGCUUCAGCACCGAAAUCUUGUCAAGCUUCUCGGAUUUUGUUAUGACAGAGAAGAGAGAAUACUUGUCUAUGAGUUUGUGGCUAACAAAAGUCUCGAUCACUUCCUCUUUGAUUCUACAUUGAAAAGCCAGCUAGAUUGUACUACACGGAACAGGAUCAUUGGAGGAAUUGCUAGAGGGAUUCUAUAUCUUCAUCAAGAUUCACGGCUCACUAUCAUCCAUCGUGACCUCAAAGCCAGUAACAUUCUCUUGGACGGUGAUAUGAACCCAAAAGUUGCAGAUUUUGGAAUGGCCAGAAUUUUCGAAAUGAACCAAACUGAAGCCGAUACAAGAAGAGUAGUGGGAACCUAUGGCUAUAUGUCUCCCGAGUAUGCCAUGUACGGCCAAUUCUCAAUGAAAUCCGAUGUCUAUAGCUUCGGAGUCUUAGUUCUUGAGAUUAUAAGCGGCAAGAAGAACAGUAGUCUCUACCAGAUGGAUGGUACUGCUGGAAAUUUGGUUACAUAUACUUGGAGGCUAUGGAGAAAUGGGUCACCAUUAGAGCUUGUGGAUCCAUCCUUUCAAGAGAAUUAUCAAGUAAACGAUAUAACCAGAUGCAUCCAUAUAGCUUUACUAUGUGUUCAAGAAGAGGCUGAAGAUCGUCCAACCAUGUCAGAAAUCGUCCAGAUGCUCACUAGUAGCUCAAUUGCUCUCGCCGUUCCUCAACCGCCUGGAUUCUUCUUCCGGAAGAAACAUGAAGAACUAAGAGAAGCAGGUCCAUCAAUGGAUUCGUUCGCUCCCUGUUCUGUCGACCAUGAUUCCAUUACUAAUCUAAGUCCUCGUUGA